AUGUCCAACGACGAGCAUCCUAUGUUCGACGACGACCGACACGGAGGCGCACAGGAGGAGGAAGAGGAAGAACAAGCAGACGAGCCCAUGGAUGACGCACCGUCCAAGAAAAGCAAACCUCGACAGAAAGGUCUAGAAGAGGAGGACGAGGAGGAGGACGAAGAGGAGGACGAAGAGGACGAAGAAGAGGAUACGGGACGAAAAUCCAAGAAGCGUCCGAAGCACCGCCAUAAGAAACGCGACGCUCUCAGUCGUUUCCUCGAUAUCGAGGCCGAGGUUAGCGAAGACGAGGAGGAAGAGGAAGACGAGGAAGAAUACGGCGCAGAUAAUUUCAUUACACAUGGCGAAACCGAUGACGUGGACGACGAACUUACAAGACGGAACCAUGCGCUUUUGGACAGCUCAAGGCAUUUUGAAGAAGAAGACAAGAGUCCGGAAGAAAUCGCGAAAGCCGUCGCUCGUCGACAUCGUGACCGAGCAGUACCAUACACUGGUGACAUGAAUGAGAUUCCGCAACGGCUGCUCAUGCCCUCGGUUCACGAUGCCAGUUUAUGGCAGGUUCGCGUCAAGCCUGGGCGCGAACGCGACAUCGUGUUCAGUCUUAUGCGCAAAGCCAUUGAUGUCGAAUACACCGCGCGGCCUCUCAACAUCCUCUCCGCCUUCCAGCGUGACUCGCUACCCGGAAUGAUCUAUGUCGAGGCCCGUAGCGCGAAACAGGUUCAACAAGCAUGUCUGGGUCUGGUUGGAGUGUAUCCUAGUCGGGGUAUCCAGCUCGUUCCCAUCGAGGAAAUGGCUUCUCUAUUGCAAAUAAAGAAGCAAGAGAUGACAUUGACUCCUGGUACAUGGGUCCGGAUACGACGAGGAAAGUACGCGGGAGAUUUGGCCCAGGUUGUGGAUCUCACGGAAAAUGGCGAGGACAUUGGUCUCCGGCUCAUACCGCGAAUAGACAUGAACCCUCGAGAUGACGCUGCUCUCGACCCCGCGGCCAAAAAGCGCAAGAAACCAACAGCAGGGCCCGGUACUAUGCGACCACCUCAACGUUUGUUCAACUACGAGGAGAUCUUGAAAGUCUGGGGACGAAAGCACGUCACGAAGCGGAACCAGUCCUUCGUUUUCCAAAACGACACGUACACAGAUGGAUUCCUGGAGAAGGAUUUCAAGUUUAAUGCUCUCAUCGUCGACGAUGUCAAUCCCACUCUUGAUGAAAUCACGCAGUUCACUCGACGGCAAGAUGGAGGAGAGGACAACGUUGUCAAUCUAUCCGCCAUCGCCGAAGCGUCUCGGAAGGCUGCUAUUGCCGUUCUUCAACCCGGAGAUCAUGUCGAGGUAUUUGAGGGAGAGCAAUCUGGUGUACAUGGUGUUGUGGAUGAGAUCAACGGCGAUGUUGUGACUCUCACUGCCCAAGGACUCGACCUCGAUGGCCAGAAGAUGGAGAUUCCCGCUCGCGGUGUCAGGAAACGCUUCAAGCCUGGUGACCACGUCAAGGUUAUGGCUGGUACGAAUACGGAUGAGACGGGUUUGGUUGUUUCAGUUGCCGACAACGUCGUGACCUUCGUAUCCGACAUGUCAAUGCAAGAAAUAUCGGUCUUUUCGAAGGAUUUGCGAGAAGCUGCCGAGGUUGGGACAGGUUCGAAUACCGUCGGCAACUAUGAAUUGUAUGAUCUGGUUCAACUUGAUGCCCAGACCGUUGGCGUCAUCUUCAAAAUUGAACGAGACACAUUCCGUGUCCUCGAUCAAAAUGGCCAAGUUCGCCUGGUGCAACCACAUCAAAUCUCUAUGCGCCGUGACUCCACUAGGGCCAUCGCCACUGACUCUGAAGGCCACGAAUUGCGUGUCAAUGACAACGUGAAAGAGGUUGAUGGUGAAGGCCGAAAAGGUCGUGUGCUGCAUACCCAUCAAUCGUUCUUCGCUUUCUUGCACAAUCGAGACAUCGCCGAAAAUGGAGGCGUCUUUGUUACAAGGACCCGUUCGCUGGCAUCGUUGGCCCCGAAGAGCAACGUCCUCAAGACAGCAGGAGCCGAUCUGUCCAAGAUGAAUCCAGCUUUGAUAGCUCCUACGGGUGGUAUGGUCGGGUCGGGUGCAAUGGGCCGCGGACCUCGCGAUCGUCAUAUCGGCGCUACUGUCACCGUCAUUAAAGGUCCUCACAAAAGCUACGUCGGAACCAUCAAGGACACCAAUGGUCAAAUUGCGCGGGUGGAGCUUCGUACAGGCAACAGGAUUAUCAUGAUCGACAAGGAGAAGCUACGUCGACGUCUACCCAAUGGAAAGUUGGAACCACUGGAUCAACCCCUCCGCAUCCCUAACCAAAUGGGUCCACCCACAAGCAACUCAUAUGCCAGUGCGGGAAGUUUUGGCGGCCGGACGCCAUUCAACAUGGGGAAGACACCGAACCCGUACAACGUAGACGGCCGGACGCCAGCUUGGAACGCAUCUUCCCGUACACCAAACCCCUACGCCGACGGAGGAAGGACACCUGCCUGGAACGCCACCUCUCGGACACCCAAUCCAUACGCAACGGGUGAUGGCAGCCGCACACCUGUAUGGACCGUUCAUGGACGAACGCCGAACCCUUAUGCAACGGGUGCGAAUGCUGGUGCGCCAUCAACGGGUGGGGGAUGGGGCGGGGCGACGCCUGGCAGAAACGCUGGAUGGCAAACACCUGCUAGAACGGCUGCAACGAGCAGUACGACCACGACUACAACGACGACGAGUGGUUGGGGCGCGCCAGCCGAUGGCUGGAACACUCCAGGUCGACCUGCAUCCUCAGGAUGGGACACGGGCUCGAGCUGGAGUGCCCCUACACCUGCUGCUGCUGCCACGCCUGGCGUGCAUCUAGGACAAACACCAGCAGCACCAACACCAGCAGCCGUCAGCCAGACACCAGAUGGUGUGUGGAGUCUUCCCAUUGCCCAUACCGCUGCGACUCCUGGGGUCAGCGCAUCUGGAUACAUUCCCUCUAGAGGUUCAGAUGAAGGAGUGGAUCCUAACUGGCUGUUCGAUCCCGUCCUGGUGAAUUACCUGCCACGCCUCAAAAUAAUCAUUAAGGGGACAAACACCGCGCAAUAUCUCGACGGAGACUACGAGAACAGAACAGGGCGCAUCCUGGCUGCACAGGAGAACCCAGCAGAGUUUGAGCAAACAGCCAGGGUGCGCUUCGACGACGACGGCGAGGAGCGGAGCAUCAUUGCGCGAUACAUCAUCCCACAGACCGCAUCGAAGAUUCUGGAAGACGUUUUGAUCAUUGGUGGGACGCACAAAGGCCGCGCCAUGGUUGUUCGAGAGCGACCAGAGCAUGACGACCGCGAUCAUAAUCCGCUAAUCGUUGUUGGAGCAAAACACGAAUUCAGCAUUGAGAACGUUCCAUCGAAAUGGGUCGUCCCUCUCGGCGAGUAA